GUCUCUAUGCUUAUAGGUUAUACAGUGAGCUUGAUACGUCAUAUAUUAAUAUUUUGUGCUUUUGAUUCGAAAGCAUUAUAGAAUAAUUUUGUCAUGUCUGGUUUCACUCAAGAAAACUCAUUUUGGAGUCAACAAAAUGAUCAACCAUAUCAAUCAAAUAAUUUUUAUCAAGCUGAAUAUAACCAAUUUCAAAAUCAAAACUUAGAUUUCAAACCAUUAGAAGAUUACGGACAGCAAGUAUAUAGUCCUAGUUUCUCACCCAUGCCUAAUAUGCCUUAUAUGGAUACGAAGGAAUCUGUUUCUGAUGAUUUUGAUGAACCUCCUCUACUAGAAGAAUUGGAAAUAUAUCCUGACAGAAUUUUAGAGAAAAUAAAAGUAGUUCUUAAUCCUUUUCGAAGCCAUUGCUUGACUGAUGAUGCAGAGUAUUUGACUAAAGACGCAGAUCUGGCUGGACCCAUAUUCUUUUAUUUAGUUCUGGCUGUAUGUUUGUUCUUGUCUGGAAAUAAGCCACAUUUUGGAUAUGUUUAUGGGGUUACAGUUUUAGCAUCACUAUUGAUGUAUGGUUUGCUCUCUUUGAUGACUCUUGAGGAUGGGGUAUUUACUUUUACAACUGUAUUUAGUGUUUUAGGAUAUAGUGUUUCUCCUAUUGUGGGGUUAUCUGCCAUUGGAAUAUUUUUCUCUCUGCGUGGAUUAGUAGGCAUUGCUUUAUCAAUUAUUGCUGUUUUGUGGUGUUGUUUAUCUGCAUCCAGGUUAUUUGUUACAAUAUCUGGUGAUAAAGAGCAGCAACCUCUUAUUGCUUACCCAUGUGCACUUGUAGCAGGAAUUUAUAUUCUAAUGGUUGUAUUUUGAAGGAAUAUUGAUUAAAAUUGGAGAAAAAUAUUGUUUCUUUAUUAAAAAUUCUAUAUUAAAUCAUAUUAACUUUGAAACUUCAUGAAUUUGCUUGAAAAUAUAUUGUGGAGUAUUUUGUUCCAUGAAGAUAAGCAGUGUGACUUCCAUGUAAUAAACUAUUUAUAAGUGAAUAAAUAAAUAUUUAUUUGAAAUUAUUUUUGCUAUAUGUUUACAUAGUAUACGAUAAUAAAAUUGAAAUUAUUCA